CACAAUCGCUUCAAAGUCAAAUUUUGAUCCCAUCAAUGUUUCUUUUUGGGAUCGAAUAUUGGGCGAAGUAGUUCAUGCAUGUGGUGGAGGUUAUCUGAUUCAGUCGCAACAAGUGCUCGCCGUUGGAUAAUCGUAUCCAACAUGACUGACCCUAACCCCGCAACCAUGAUAUUCCCAGUUGGAAGCUCCCCGCAUACCUUUGACAAACGCAAUAGGCCUUUCUUUACGUCACGUAGAAUAUCCAUCAAGCAUCAAGCUGACAAGCACAGUCUUUUUUCUGGUAUUCGCGACGACAAUUGUUGGAUUUGAUCCACCAGAUUUGGCUACCAACCCCCCCCUCUCUUUCGCGCCUCAACAACCCCAAGGGAGCAAACAAAAAGUACAUAUCAACCCGUAGAAUCGGCCUCAACUCAACCGCCAAAAAUGCUGCAUGUGGACUCGCCAAACGAGCCCUUCCCGGACCCGAGCCAGCUCGCCCAGGCGACCAAGGUUCACCGGCAGAGGAACUUUGAGAUCGCAUCACGCAAGCUCCCCAUCUCCAAGUCCGGGCCCAUCGACGCCAUGUCGGCUCGCAUCGGCAUCCCCGUCCCUGAGAUGAUCUUUGGCGACAACCUCGUCUCGGUGCGUCACGUGCCUUCGGGGUGGACCAUGUCCUUUUCCGCCGAGGCGGCGCUGGACUGCGUCGAGAAGACGGACAAGGGCAUGCUGCAGGUGGCAUACGCGGGGGCGUGGUCCAGCUCGCGCGAGAACACGAGCGGUAUCAAGGAGGUCGUGCGGCCCUUCGACUGGAGCUACAGCACCGACUACCGCGGCACCGAAGAGCCAGCGAAGCUGGUGCCCGGCAGCGGCAAGCAGAUUCCCAUUGAGCUUCUUAAGCGCCGGGAUCCGAUCCUGUUCUUCGACGAGGUGGUGCUCUACGAGUCGGAGCUCGACGACAAUGGCGUGUCCAUCUUCAGUGUCAAGGUCAGGGUCAUGGAGCAUCGCAUGCUGCUGCUCGCUCGUCUGUACAUGAGGCUGGACAAUGUCGUCGUUCGCGUGCGGGAUACCCGGCUGUACGUUGAUUUUGAUACCCAGGAGGUCAUUCGCGAGUACACGGCCAAGGAGGAUAGCUUUGCCACUGUUAAGCAAGGCCUCAUGUUGCAAGGGUUGGUCCCGGAUAGUAUCACAACGGCUUUCAGGGAUGCAAAUCAAAUAGCAGAGCACGUUCGUGUUGUAGAUCAUCAAGUGGACUAUGCAAGCUUCUCAUGAGUCAUCCAUUACAAGAACCUUUACGCUUGUCCUACAGAACAGGCGGGAGUUUAAGUACUUUUUUUGCAGUCCAUGGAUCCCAGGGUGUUUUUUCUUGAUGUAGGCGUGGGCGUUCAGGCGUUAGUAGUCAAGAUGGCGGUGGUUUCAGAACAGCUUUUCAUUGUUCCCAAGGUAUGGAUCCUUUCGUAAGAAUCCGAUCUCGCUCGAUGAAGACAAAUAAGAGAUCUUUGGAUAUGAGCGUGGACAGAACCCGCACAUUCAUGAAAACAUCGCAAUCGCUCCGUGUUACGCCCAACUCCAACAGAACCGCAGCCCGCAGGGUAUACAGAUCCCAAAUUGCAUCCCUAAUAAA